AUGCUCAAGUUGCGGACUGACUAUCAUGUGAAGGAACCGGCAAGUCUCAUGGACGCCAUUGUGAGAAACGUAGAGAGGUUUGUAAGCAAUGUCCGACGCGGCAAAUUGGGUGCCAGGGGCAAGAGGAGCCUCUCGACCACAGCAGCGUGUGACAUGCUGGAGAUCAUGCGUCAGGUCGUGUCUGACUUUCGUGAGCAUGAGGCACAGCGUGAGAGUAUCAGACACCAGAUGCUCCGCGCGAACUGCCCUGCAGGGCUUGUAGCAACUCAGCAAGUGCGACGACUGAUGAGCCUUAUCUCCCUUGUCGGGGUGAAGGUGCUUCGGGCGCAGUUUGCCACGCUGAUGCUUAUAAAUGUCACCCGACGAGUGCUGUCACUCAUCCGUGAGGCGGCGUUGGAGAAUGUUGCGAGUGAAUUUCAGCUUGAGCAUCUCGCGACGCAGUGGCUAAAUGAAAUAGAAGACGUUGGCUGUCGCGAUGGUACAGACAACAUGGAGCAGGGGCAACAGUUAUCACCCCUGCCACUGCCGCAGGAAGGGGAAUUGCACCAGGGUUCCUUGGAACGCUCCCGCACGGAUAGUGGAUCCGUGCCCUUUUCGCCGCUAAGUGCGAUAUGUAGUGAGGAACGACGAAAUCGAUGUUCUUUCUCGCACAAGGCACUCCAGGUGCGAUUUAAUGUGAACAACACGGAGCGGGACAGUAUAGUUGAGCUGGACGCCACGUUUGAGGCAGACGACCGGGAAGCGGCAGACGCCUUAGGUGUCGGCAUUCCGGGGGUGCAGUCCCUGCGGCGGGCGCCUAGCAGACGUGAAGAAGAGGACGAUGAGCAGACUGCCGAUUUCCCAGUGUGUAUCGAUGCUUUUUUUGACAGCCUGCUAGAAGCCAUGGCGGUGUUUGCAGGGGAUAUGGAGGGGAUGUGCAAAGAACUAUGCGCGCGGGCCCCGCGGCAGCUGCACACCACAGAUGUUGUCAUCACGAUUGGCUGCAGCAACACAAUACAGUAUUACUUUUUGAGUGCCCUGAAGGCGCAUGUGCGGUUUAAGGUCAUUAUUCUCGAGGGUGCCCCGUUUCCGUCGCAUGUGUCGCAGCGCUUGGCGGCAGAGCUGCGCGAGAAUGGGGCGGAGGUGCAGGUGCUUCCUGACAGCUCCACCUUUGCGGUGAUGGGGAACUGCACCAAGGUGCUGAUCGGGGCAGAAAGCGUUCUGGCGAACGGUGGGCUGCUAGCAACCAUCGGUACGCACCCGCUCUGCAUCGCCGCUAAACACUUCGCCGUGCCUGUGCUCGUGGCGACUACGACGCUAAAAAUGUCGCUGUAUUACCCCCGCGACAUCCACUGCACGAGCCUGGUGAAGAUUUCCCGCGCCGACGCGAAGGAAAUCCCAUGGAACACGUACGGUUCCCCGUAUGACGUGCUGCCCGCCACCUACUGGGAAAACGUCGAGAAGAUCGGCUUCCUCACCAUCAACUCCCCCGCGACGGAGUACGUGCCACCAGAGCUCAUCACCCUCUACGCGACGAACGAGUCGGAGUACACCCCCUCACAAAUUCACCGUAUUGUGCGGGAUAACUACAACCCCGAGGACUAG